AUGAAGAUCACAAUCAAGAAUAUCAACAAGGAAGUUUAUACUUUUGAUGUCACAGGUGACGAAUCUGUAACAGAGUUAAAACAACUUAUUCAAAAUAAACAUUCACACCAAGCCUCAUGGCAAACACUCAUCUAUGGUGGAAAGGUCUUGGAGAAUGAUAAUAAGCUUUCAACAUACAAUAUCACCGAAAACGGUUUCCUAGUUUGUAUGGUUAAAAAGCCAAAAGAAGAGACUGUAGCAACCACAGCACCAGCAGUUCAACCAGCCACCACACCAGUUGCUCCAACCUCUGCUCCAUCCACCACCCCAGCAUCUACCUCUACCCCAACCAACACACCAGCUCCAACCCCAUCCCCAGCCUCUUCGACUUCACCAUCUGGAGGUAACUCUAGUUUUAUCGUCGGUCCAGAAUAUGAAGCUGCCAUCACCAAUUUGAUGGAAAUGAGCGGUGCCAAUAGAGAAAUGGUCAUCAGAGCUCUCAGAGCUUCUUUCAACAAUGCCGAACGUGCUGCCGAUAUUUUAUUGUCUGGUGCAAUCCCAGCCGACGAAGAUGAAGACGUUGCAGAUGACGAUGAUGAAGAUGUUGAUGCUCACCAAGAACCUCCAUUAGGAUAA